CCCCCUAACCAUGUCCUCCACUCCUCUCCUCCUCACCAUCACUCUCGCCCUCACCCUCACCCUCACCCUCACUCUCCUUACCCCUCCCUCCUCCGCCGCCCCCACACCCUGCACCUGGUGGCCGUCGUGGCAGCUGCGCUGGCAGCAACUGGUCACCAACUCUACCACGCCGCCACCGUACGACAACGUGGAUGAUGUGCCGGACGAGAUCGCUAUGAAGGGAUCAGGCAAGACGUACUAUGACUGGUCAAAGGGGAACAUCCGGGAAGACUACUACGACUUUUGCGUGCCCAUCUUCCCGGCGGCCGUCGGUGGCUUUGACUUUCCGUGCUCCUUUGUCAAUCUCGGCGGCAGGCUGCCCACCUCGUACCUCCUCAUCCCGCCAUCGCCGCAUUCUCCGCCGCAUCAGCCAGAUUGCUGCAUCUUCCAGCGCCCGUGGCAUGCCCCAGCUCCGGACUUUCUUCACAAGAUGAAGAGUGAUCUGCAGUAUGUCGGGCAUUCGCCCUACCGCGGCGGUGCUCGCUGGUGGCAGCUCGACGCUCCGCCAUCGUCCGGCGGGCCGUUUGGCUACGGUUUUAUGGGUUCCGAGUGUGGCCCAGACGGCGCCACUCCAGCUGGCUUCUACUUUGCCGCCAUCCCGCCCUACGCCUUUACCAUCCAGAACUUCUUCGACUUUGACCAUACCUCGCCCAUCCCCGACUCCGUUUGGGACCUGCCUCCCUCGUGCGCCUCGGCCGUCCAGUGCCCUAACUUUCCCAACAUCACCCAUGCGGCGGCGAUGUCGACCGCUAACCAUCACGUCCUUGCCCCGAUCGCCCUCUCUGCCCUCGCUGCCCCUGGCCACUCGACGUCGCCCAUCCUCUGACCUCCCCCCUCCCCCCCCC